AUGUCUGACGACGUGGCUGUACUCGCAAAACCUCUCACAUUGAAAUGUGGUUUGGUUUUGCCAAAUCGAUUAGUCAAGGCUGCCAUGGCUGAGGCUAUGGCGAAGGAUGGACUGCCAGACAAAGCGUUUCGCCGACCUUAUCAGGCAUGGGCCAAAGGUGGAUGGGCCAUGGUGAUCUCAGGCAACGUACAGAUCGAUCACAAGUACUUGGGCCAGCCCGGAGAUACAUGUGUCAGCGAAUCUUUCGAAUACACCAAGAUGCUGGAGGCGUGGGAAUCGUGGGCUACAGAGUGCAACUCUCAUGGAACACCUACCAUAGUGCAAAUCAACCACCCCGGAAGGCAAUCGCCAAUGGGGGCUGGUAAGCGCGGCAUGUUCGAAAAGAACCUCGCGCCAAGUGCGGUACCCUUAGAAUUCGGCAGCGGCAUAGUAGCCCGUACUAUUAGCCAUCUGGUCUUUGGCACGCCCCGUGAGAUGACCAGUGAAGACAUCCGCAACGUUGUGCAGCAAUUUGCCAACGCUGCUCGUCUUGCCGCUGAUGCCGGCUUUGCUGGAGUCGAGAUCCAUGCAGCCCACGGUUAUUUGUUAUCUCAGUUCCUAUCGACCCAUUCUAACAAGCGAACGGAUGAGUACGGUGGUUCAGCUGUGAAACGGGCAAAGAUCGUCACUGAUGUUAUCAAUGCUGUCCGGAGUGUUGUGCCAGCAAACUUCUGUGUCGGCCUGAAACUCAACUCGGUGGACCAUCAGUCAGAGGCAGAACUAAGAGGCUGUGUCGAGCAGCUACAGUCGAUCACCAAGGCAGGUAUCGAUUUCCUUGAGAUCAGUGGUGGUAGUUAUGAAGAUAGACAGUUGAUCGGCGAAGCUUUUAAAUCGUGCACUCGAACCAAAGAACGCGAAGCCUUCUUCCUAGAUUUCGCUGAGGUUAUUCGACGUGAAUUUCCCAGUCUUCCGUUAAUCGUUACAGGGGGUUUCCGCACGCGAAAGGGCAUGAGUACGGCAAUUGCAGACGGGGCAUGUGAUCUCAUUGGGUUGGCUAGACCAGCAGUGUUGAAUCCUUCUCUGCCCAAGGAGUUAUUGUUCAACCCGGAGAAAGAAGAGGUCAAUCUCGCAUCGAGUAUGCCAAGCAUAUCGGUGCCAUGGUUCAUACGAUUACUUGGCGUUCGGGUGCUUGGUGCCGGCACAGAAACAGCUUGGUAUGGUGCUCGUCUUCGAGAAAUUGGAUCGAGCUAG